AAAGCUCUCAACCUCCCAAGUUGAAAAAAAUUUAUGGACAAGAAAUUAUCAUUGAAAUUAAAUGGUGGCAGACAUGUCCAAGGCAUAUUGCAAGGAUUUGAUCCAUUGAUGAAUCUUGUGAUAGAUGAAUGUGUGGAGAUGGCAACUAGUGGACAACAGAACAAUAUCGGAAUGGUGGUAAUACGAGGGAAUAGCAUCAUUAUGUUAGAAGGCUUGGAACGAGUAUAA